AAUUAUGAAUCAAAUCAGCAUCAGAACAGAACUCAAAGCAGAACGUGGAAAUAUCUAUUAGUGGCUUAUUCUUGAUCCUCAUCCAACCCCCUAUUUCUGUUCUGUCUGAAUUGAUGUUUGUAAACAGGAAAUAAAUGUAUACACAACUGUAUCAUUAGUAUAACUUCAAAUCUUUGUUAGUGUUGGAUUUGGUCAAUUCAAAUAGAGCAAGAUGAGUUUCAGAGAGGAUAGUGAAGAUGGGAGAGAUCUGAGGAAGCCAUUUCUACAUACAGGGAGUUGGUAUCGAAUGGGGUCACGCCAGUCAAGUAUGAUGAGCUCUUCACAGGGCAUUCGUGACAACUCCAUCUCUGUUCUUGCUUGUGUUCUUAUUGUUGCUUUGGGUCCUAUCCAGUUCGGUUUCACUGCUGGAUAUUCUUCACCUACACAGGCUGCUUUAUCCCGAGAUCUUGGACUUACUGUGUCUGAGUUCUCAUUGUUUGGUUCGUUAUCAAAUGUGGGUGCAAUGUUGGGGGCAAUAGCUAGCGGUCAACUUGCUGAGUAUAUGGGGCGUAAAGGGUCGUUAAUGAUUGCCGCUAUCCCAAAUAUUAUCGGUUGGCUGGCGAUAUCAUUUGCCAAAGAUUCUUCAUUUUUGUACAUGGGAAGGUUGCUGGAGGGAUUUGGUGUUGGAAUCAUCUCUUACGUGGUUCCUGUAUAUAUAGCUGAGAUAGCACCUCAAAACCUCAGAGGAGGGCUGGGAUCAGUCAACCAGCUUUCGGUCACAAUUGGAAUUAUGCUGUCUUAUUUCCUAGGACUGUUUGCGAAUUGGAGAGUGCUAGCAGUUCUAGGAACUUUGCCUUGUCUUGUACUGAUUCCUGGACUCUUUUUUAUCCCAGAAUCGCCUCGGUGGUUGGCCAAAAUGGGUAUGACAGAGGAUUUUGAAUCUUCUUUGCAAGUUCUUCGUGGUUUUGAAACUGACAUUUCUGUUGAAGUGAAUGAUAUUAAGAGGGCAGUGGCAUCAACAAGUAGAAGAAAUGCAAUCCGUUUUGGGGACCUCAAACAAAGAAAAUAUUGGUUUCCUCUGAUGAUAGGAAUUGGAUUGCUUGUCUUUCAACAACUAACUGGAAUUAACGGUGUUCUGUUCUAUUCAAGCACAAUUUUUGAAUCUGCCGGGAUUUCAUCAAGCAAUGUUGCUACUUUUGGACUUGGUGCUAUUCAGGUGAUAGCUACUGCAGUUUCUACCUCUUUAGUGGACAAAACUGGUCGUAGGAUUCUGCUUAUUGUCUCCUCCUCUGGAAUGACUAUCAGUCUCUUAGUUGUUGCAGUGGCAUUCUUUGCAAAGGGUUACGUAUCAGAAACUUCUACCCUCUAUAGCUUUUUGGGCUACUUGUCACUUCUUGGAGUAGUGGGAAUGGUCAUUGCCUUCUCGCUAGGAAUGGGGCCUAUUCCUUGGGUUAUAAUGUCUGAGAUUUUGCCGAUUAAUAUUAAAGGCCUUGCUGGAAGUAUUGCAACUCUGGCAAACUGGUUCAUUGCAUGGUUGGUUACCCUGAGUGCGCCCAUGCUGUUGUCUUGGAGUACUGGAGGAACUUUUUCUAUAUACUUGCUCAUGUGUGCUUUCACCUUGGCAUUUGCGGCCAGUUUGGUUCCUGAAACUAAAGGGAAAACUUUGGAGGAGAUACAAUCGUCCUUCAGAUGAGAUUCUUUUCUCUCUACCGCAUAUCUUUGUCCUUAAAUUUCUUUUGUAUUUAUUGUACUUGCUGUGUAUUCUUUGGCUACAAUUCUUGUAUUAUGUGUUGAAUAAUAUGUAUAGAAACAGAAAUCUCUUCUGUGUAUUCUUUGCUGACAGUUCUAUAAUUUCUACAAGCAUGAACCAGCUUAUUCUUUUGGUUAUGUAUGAAUACUUGUGAAUGCAAUUGUGGUUGCUUUAGGGAUAAA